AUGAACAUCAUGGAUGCUUUCAGUACAUGGUCUGACUAGCGGGGGUUCCGAGAGUCGGACACCCCGGUAAACUGCAGCUUCAUCCUGCAUCAGUGUGGCCAUGGCCUAGGCUUUGUUUUAUGUACUUGAUGAGAAAGUCUCUUUCACGGUCAGUUAUAGAAAAUAUAUAGACAUUUUUUUGUAUUUUUUUUUUUUUUUACAUUUUGUUUGUCCAGGAUGGAUGUCUAAACUCAAGACUGCUGGAUAUGAUGUUUUCCUACUGUCAAAAGUGAUCUGUUUCCUCUUAUAACGUGGAUUAAAUACUGACAGGUCUGGAAUGCCAAAGGAACAGGGGCAUUUUGGGGAGCGGGUCGCCCGAAACGCCUCAAAGAAUGCAAAGGAUAAGAGUAACAGUGCCACCCUGCGGGCAUCCCAGGGUGGAAACCACAAAGAGCAAUCUGGAAUGGGUGACAUGAGCAACCGCAUACUGCGCCGUGACUCAGAGAAAGACUCUGAAAAAGACUCAGGGUACUCAGAGGCUGGCUCAGACUCUGUCCACACGGAUGUAGACGACCAGCGCAGCAGUGUGAGUGAACCUCACAGGGAGAGCAGCAAAAACUUCAACAACAACAGUGUGAAUGCUGCAGGCCACAACAUGCCUCCUUAUGGGGACCUCACCCCCAUAUACGUCAUCAAAAACCUGGUGGUCAAGCCGUCUAGACCAGAACAGCUUCUGCAUGGCCCCUUGGCAUGGAGCGGGGAUUGGCACAGCCUUACCACUGCCAAAGCACCCACCCAGCUCUUACUGAUCCAACAGCCAGCAAUACCUGCAUCUUCCUCGUCCACCCCAACCUCUUCAUCCAGUCUAUCAGCACCACAUGGUCAAGCUAAGAAAGGAGGCAGCCGCAGCAACGUGAACCACAGCAGCAAGAACUCAUACCUGCCCAUACUGAAUUCUUACCCACGGAUUGCCCCCCAUCCCAGGAAGGAGAGUCAUGAGGGCAAGGGUGCCAAAUGGGUGGAGGGGGUCAAGGAAAGUGGCAGUGAAGGCCACAGUCAGAGCAAGAGAGUGUGCACUGAAGAAGAGAAGAGGGAGGCUGUAUCUACCACCAACCACCUCCUCAAUCCCCAACAGCAACACCUGAAAGAGGGUAGGGUCCAUUCCCAUUCCCAGUGUAAAGGCAGAGGGGGCCACAGCCCUUCCCCAAGCUCAUCUCACUACCUGCUGCCCAGCUCCACCACCCAUCCUAAAUCCCACCAUUGCCAGCAAAGCUCGGGCUCUGACAGUGUGAGUUCACCCUCCGUCUCCAGCUCCCAGACACCCUCGCCACCUUCUUCUUCUGACUCCCCCUCAUCCUCCUCUCCCCCCUCAUCUUCUCCCUCCUCUUCUACAAUGCACAGCCCCUACCACUUGGCCCCAGACAGCUCGUCCACCCGCCACCGCCGUUUCUUCAACACAGCUGAGAUCUUGAACCAGUCAGGCCUGCUGGCCAUCACGCUACGCACCAAGGAACUGCUGAAGCAGAAUGCGGCCACCGAGAGAGAAAUCGCCCAGCUCCGUCAGCACACCCAGCUCCUGUGCCAGGCAGUCCAGUCCAGCCAGAACAGGGGCAACGAAGAUUCAGACAGCAUCAACAAACUUCUUCAGGCCAUGAGCGAGUCGGGCUCCUACCCAACUCUACACUUCAAUCAAGCGAAAGAGCUCAGCUGCAGCCACCAGCAGAGUGAGACUAGAGGUGAGGAAGACAAAGAGAAGGACAACGACAUGAGAAGCAGUAAGACACACAGCAACCCACUACAGAACCUGAUGUCGUUCUACAACAUAGAUGAUGGAACAUCACCACCCUCUCCACUGUUUGCCCCCUCACCAGAAACUAAAGAGACAGAGUAUGCUGACUGUCUGCUGGACUCCAUGUCCACCUCUGUUCCUUUUUCCCGGUCUGUCCCUGAGCAGGGACAUAGACAAGCAGUCAUGGAUAAGAAUUUACAUGAUUUCAUGUUGCCAGAGAGCUCUACGCACAAUAACUAUCACCUCUAGCUUCCUGUGGAGAAGGACAUGGAUGUAUAAUGACUAGCAGAGUAACGUGGACAUGGUAAUGAAUAUAAAGGUGUUGAAAUGAUUAACACACAUGAUUUACAGUUCAAUACGGUUAAUAUAUUUUCCUACUUUUAAGUCAGGGAUUUUCUAAAUCCAAGUGUCCAUUUUUCAGCGAUAUGUGUUGCCUUCUGUGGAUGAGCCUGUCAUUCAGGUGGCCACAUACACAGUCAGUGUAUGGACAUCCAAUAUGUCCAAUAUGUGACAUACAUCAAAUGAUAAAGGCAGCAAAGGCAGCCAGACAACUGACAUCUGUUUACAGGCAGAACAUAUGUUGUUUCCACCUCUCAGGUCUGUGGUGCAUAUUCCCAGAAUUAUAGGCUGAUAACCGGCUAAGUUAUUAAGUGUUUUCUCCAAGAGUUUGACCGAUAAAAAGAUCAGUUCACACAAGCUUUCAGUGAGUGGCUUAUUAUAGGGUUAGUUUUAAAACUCGGAGCCAAACUGACUCUAGAUUCUUCCUUUUAAAACCAUAAGCUGCCCAGAGUGCAAAACUCCACGCCCUCAGAAUACAGACAGCAAUUACUAUUUGUUACUCAACAUACAGAAUCAAUGCAACGUCAAUGUUUGUUUGCAAGAAUUUGUCCUUGUUUUACAGUAACAACAGUACCAAGGUGGGCAAUAUGGCCUCAUAUCUAAUUAAAAACAUGACCACAUUUUUUCCCCUUUUAAUUAUUGUCAGUAUUGUUGCAGUAUAUUAAGAAUAAUUUACUGUAAAGUAUAAAGUGGUUAAUGUUAAAUGCUUUAAGAACAGUCGCAGUCAUCAUUUUCUAAAUGUGUGAUAUUAUGAGAUUUUGAGGCCAAAAUUAGUGGUAUGGAAUUUUCUGUACAAGAGUUUUUCACAUUGAAACUUGAGCCAAAGGCAAUUCAAUGAAAUUCUGGGAUUAAUGGAUAUGGAGUGAUACAGAUUAUGUAACACACCCUCUGGCAGUUUCAGCUCUUAUACACUAGAUAUGGUCAGUUGAUUGCAUUUAAAUUCACAAACUGGCAGUCGAAAAUGUGAUUGUUCUUCAUGCUAGUUUUGACUGAGUUUAUGAUACAUAUUAAUAGUCACAUGAAAUGAUGUGUAUGUUCACAGUCUGAGUACACAGAUAAUUAUCCAUCUGACCUCCAUGUGUGGCUUUUUGAGAUUUGGCUGAAUUGGAAUAACCUGUUCUAUCAACAAACAUGGUUUCUGUCAUACCUAAAUAAAUACUGUGGGUGCAUCCUAUAAUCAUCUGGUACAGACAAACUGACCAUCUGUACUUGGUCAAGACCACUUGCUAUGGAUAUCCUGUCCUACAGAACUGUGUAUGUUGACAUCGCACACUGUAGUUUUACUCCAAGGAUGACUGAAUGACAUUUCUACUGAUAAUCAUAUUCCAGUAGAUGUAUGGUCUUACUUGGAAGUGCAUUAUGUGGAUUAUUUGCUUUUGUUUUUUUUUUCCUCAGUCAUGUUUGAAUGUCUGAAGAGUGCAUGGAGGUGUGUGAGUGUUUGUAAGUGAGUGUGUACAGAUUUUUGAUGCAAUAGCCUGUAAACAUGCAUUUGCUUUCCAAGCUUUCAUUAUAGAUUUAAUCAAUUAUGUAUAUUGUAGAUUGGUUGUAGAUGUGGGCCACUGAUCUUAAAUACUGUCAAGUAUAAUCAGGCAUAUGGCAAAACAAAUGGACUGUCUCCACAUGCUCUCAGACAAAACCUUAAACAAUAAAUAUAGUCUGACUCA